AUGGCGGACAAGGCAGUGACUAUCAGGACGAGGAAGUUCAUGAAAAAUCGCCUCCUAUCCAGAAAGCAAUUUGUUAUUGAUGUGUUGCACCCAGGAAGAGCUAACGUUUCUAAGGCUGAGCUGAAGGAUAAAUUAGCUAGGUUGUACGAGGUUAAGGACUCGAAUGCCAUAUUAGUGUUCAAGUUCAUAACUCACUUUGGUGGUGGCAAAUCUACUGGGUUUGGCCUGAUCUAUGACACUAUGGAGAGUGCGAAGAAGUUCGAGCCGAAGUACAGGCUAAUUAGGAAUGGUCUUGAUACCAAGGUUGAGAAGGUGGCUCCCCCUCCGCCUGUUCGGUCCCCUCGUCCCAGAGCUGUUGUUUGGCUUCGACCCGACUCUCCUUGGGUCAAGUUGAACACCGAUGGAUCUUCCGAUCGCCAUAGCGGUACUGCCGGAGGAGGAGGCUUGAUCUGGGACCACAGUGGAGCUCUUAUCGCCGCCUUUCACACAUCCCUUCAGGCAUUCUCGAGCUACGAUGCAGAGAUUCAGGCAUUACAGAUUGGCCUUCAGAUUGCUGCCGACCUCUCUAGUCAUAUUUGGAUUGAGCUGUACGCAGCGGCUGUCGUCACCCUCCUGGCCUCGGGUCAUCAGGGCUCGUGGCAGAUUCAACACCCACUUAUGCGCAUUAGAGAUCUACUUCGGUCUGUCCAUUACAGGAUCACACACAUCUUCCGUGAGGGGAACAAACCUGCUGAUUACCUUGCCAGCCUUGGCGCUACCAUACCAGACACGCACACGUAUCAGACCUACACUGCUCCACUCCGUCUUCGCACGCUAGUUCGGAUGGAUCAGUUGGGAUAUCCAUCGUUUCGAUUCCAGUAA